CCGCUACACCGGCCCACAUCGAGCACCGACUACAACUGAGUUCCGACUGGCGUUUGGACGCCAUCUUUUUGUUGUGGUCGACGGCGUCGGUUUUGAGUAGUGUUCAAGUACGGUUUCUUGUGCCGGAUUUCUCAUCGUUCCUGUUUGUUAACGACGUUCAAACUCAUUUCGCACUGCAAUUUUUCCACUGAUUUCUGUGUUUAAGUAAAUACGACGCUGUGCGAUCUCUCGUUCAAAUCGAUUUUUGCUGUCACGUUCCUGUGUCCGGUACAGUUUGUCGUUGAAUCAGUCAGCGUUCGCUGAUUAUUUAUCGUCCAUUUGCGUAAUACUGUUCGAAACACUCCGAGAUGGCGUACAACCGACGAAGUGGCGGUGGAUAUGGUGGUUAUGGUAGCGGAGGCGGUGGUUAUGGUGGCGGCGGCGGCGGUGGAGCUGGUGGCGGCCGAUACAACAACGGCGGUGGUUACCGAGCCGGAGGUGGCUCAGUUAAUCCUUGGCAAUCUAGCCCUGGCUCCAGUGGUCCAUUACCGCGACAGUCACAACAAGGUGGGCAUCAUCCACCUGCUCAAUUGGCAAUAGCCAGUAACAUAAUCAGCAAGUUACUAACAUCAUCUAAUUCAAUGUCAGGAAGUGGCUAUGGUGGUGGUCCAAAUCGAAGUGGAAAUUGGGGCAGUGGUGGUCCUAGAAUGUCACAUAUGGGUAUGCGCCAAAGACAAGAUGGUCACGGAGGAUUUAAUAAAGAUAACAGGCGUCGUGGUGGUGGCGAUCCACACAACAGAUUUUCUGGUGGAGGCCGUAAAUCAGGUGGUGGAAUGAAAGAUGGAGAUAAACGUAAAUCUGCAGGAAAAAUGAAUGAUGAAAAUAAAAAAGGACAAAAUGAUCGUGAGAGAACUAAGGAACAAUUGGAUGCCGACAAAAAAGUGUCUUAUGUUGGUGUCCCUUCAGCUGUACUCUAUUGUCAUGUUUGUUCCAAACACAUGUGGGAUUCUGAGUCUUUUGAAAAACAUGUACGUGGAAGACCUCAUGAAUUGAUGAUGAAUUACUUAGAUGAAGCAUACAGAAUGCGUGUUGAUUUUAUGAGACAUCAAAUAAAAGCUGUUGAAAACCAAAGAGAGAUUGAUUUGGAACGUGUUACAAACAACAAACAUAAAUCUAAUAGUGGUAAUGGUAAAAAUGCAGGGGGCAGCUCUGGUUCUAAACCAUUAUUACGUAGCUAUUGCCCUAUGUGCGAUGUACGUUUUUAUGGACCACUAACUGGGCAUCGAAAGAGCGAUAGACACAGGAAACUUAAACAAUUUUUACAUCCUGAAUGCAAAUUGUGUGAUGCCUUAUUCCAUACACGACUUGAAAUGGAUGAACACAAGCUUACCGCUGGACAUUUAAAGAAAGUAUCCGAAAUGCGCAAUAUUGAACAUCCUCACUUGAAAGAUGAUGAAUUUGAUCUGAUUGACAUGAUUAAAAUUGAAGAAGAAGAUCAGCAAGAUCAUGAUCAGAUGCCUGUUGCUAAAAAAUAUGAGAUGCUUGGUGAUCGUGACGCUACUAAAUUAAAAUUAGAGUUGGAAGGCGGAACUGGAGAAAAACAUCAUCGUGGUGGAAAGAAAAGUUCGGCCAAUGCUGGAACUAAUGCGGAUAAGGCUAAUGCUGCUGAUACUGCCAUUACAACUGAUGACAAAGAACAAGAAGAAGAAAACAAAGAAAAAAAGGAAGAAGAAGAAAUGGAUACAUCAGAUGUUAUUGCUACAGGAGAAGAAUCAACUACAGAAGAUACAGCUGCUGAUCAAUCCAUUAAAGAUGAUAAUACUAACAAUGAAUCUGCAACUAACAAAGAAAAUCAACCUGCAGCUUAUGAUCCAAAGGUGGCCAUAGGAAAAGAAUUGUUGGUCUCUUCAAAUGGAUAUGUGUGUAGGUUGUGUAAUUGUUUCUUACUGGACGAACAACGAGUUUCAAUCCAUUGUCAGACUGCGGCCCAUUACAUAAAUUACACAACAAUGACCAAAAUGAAAGAAGCCACCUCAGGAGGUAAAAAACGAGGCAUUGAUCAAGUGAUUGAAAAGGAUGAUACUGCUAAGCAAGGUGAAGUUGUAGUAAAAGAAGAAAAAGUUGAUGCUGUAGCUGAAAAAGUUGAUAUUGAUUCUGAGGAGGGUAGAGCUGUUAAACGCAUCAAAUUGGAAAUUAAAGAAGAACCCGAAGAAGAAAACAAUAAAAUGGAUACAAGUGAACCGCAACCAAGCGAAGUGACUGAAAAUACAGUAAAACCUGUUAUUGAAGAUAAAAUAGCUGAAACUGUAAAACCAGUAGUAGCACCAGUACCAGCACCAGUACCAGCAGCAUUACCAAUACCAGCAGCAGCACCAGUAGUAGCUCCAGUGGCAAAGCCAGUAGUAGCUCCAGUGGCAAAGCCAGUCGUAGCUCCAGCAGCAAAGCCAGUGGUUGCAGCAACAACACCAACUAGAGGACGUGGUGGCAGAGGCCGUGGAGGAAGAGGUGGUGUAGCUAGACGUGGAGCCAGGCGUUAAAUUUAUAACUAAAAAAAAAAAAUUAAUUAUCAAAAAAAUAAAACAUAUAUUUUCUUGCAUUUUAUUAUCCAGUAGUCUCAGUGAUUUCUACAUUCUUUUUUUAUUAUAAUUAUACAUCUAUAUUUAUUUGUAAUAACAAACCUUAAUAAUGUACCUUUAAUUUAUCCACGGACCAUAACAAUAUUUUUUUUUUCCAUUAAAUUAUACAAAUAUGUUUGCUAUUAUUAUUAUAAUAUGACUAGCAGUUUUUUCUGAUAUUUAUUAAGUGUAGUGAUGAAUAUUACUUUAGUAUAUAUUAUUCUGGAUAUAAGUAUAAUUUAAUCAUGUGUGACAAGUUAUACUAUUAUAAUAUUUAAAUUUAAAUUUAAACUUUACAAAAUAAUUAUUAUUUUGAGUAAGAUUUUUUUACAUUUUACUAUAUUAUGUGUGUUUGAUAACUAUUUUAAUAUUAAUCCGUAUAUUCUAUUACAAAAUUGAAUUUCGUCCUAUUUUCAGUUGAACCAUUGAUUACUGUUGUAGUUUUUAAUAAUAAUUGUUUAGAUUACAAAUCUUAUUUGUAGAGAAAAUGGCAAAAAAAAAAUAAUAAACAUUUCUGAGAUUCUUA